UAAAGUCAAAAAUGUAUUGCUGAAAUUAAGUUCACCUGUUUCUUUUUUACUUUUUAACGUGGCUAUGAGAAAAAUUUAAAUUACACAUGUAAUGAUAAAUGUGGCUCACAUUGUAUUUCUGUCAGACAGACAUAGAUUAGAGAUGGCUGGGGUUAGAUGCUGCAGGGAUUUAACUGGGAGUCAAAUGCAGGGGGGAGAAGAGUUUGCUGAUAGACCCCAGGCCCUCUGCUCCAUCUUGCUUCUGUCACACGCCAGGCUGUCAUUCUGAGGCUGAUCUGUGUCAAACCCCAGCCCUAGUGGGGAUGGAACUAGAGAUGAGACUGGCUGAAGGGGAGACUCAUGCAUCCUAAUCCAUGGGCUGGGAUGCCAGGCAGUGCUUUUGAAGCCAAGCUGUCAGGAUAGAGUUGUAUCCCUGGAAACUGGCAUUCCUCAUGCUACCCACAGUCUGCCCAGGGGCUUGGAGGCACAGGCAGGAAGCAUGGAGGUUAGGGCUCGCUUGUGGCAGGAGAGAUGCUGACCUUGGAAGUGGGUGACCAUUCCCUUGACUCUUCUACUUGUCCAGCUCCCUCCCAGCAAAAUUCAGCUGAAAUAUCACCUUCUCCAAGAGGUGUUCCCUAGUCAUGGCAACUCUUGCUUCUCUAACUCCAUUUGUACCACAUCUGUUAUUCUGCCAUGAUCCUCGACAUCCAUAGGGGAAGAGACUUUUGCAAAUAUCCAGGUUGGGAAAGACCACAUAAUUUCUCCUGUGAAAUUUGAAUGCAGAGCAGUUAGCUGCACACCAGUCUUGAAGCACAUAGAAUUCAGAGAAUCAUACAUCAGAAGAAUCAUAUAUCCCUGCCCAAACCUUUGAUGUAGCAUUCUUGAGGGAAUGAGAUAAUGCCUGUUGAGUCAUAUUAUUCCAAGGGUCUGCGGUUCUGUCCUCCAGUUGUCCUGUUAGUCUUGUGUCCCUAAGUCAACUAGAGGUAUUCUCUUCUUGACCCUAGAAGACUGUACCAUGUACAGUGCUAUGUGUUUACAUAGUAGGUAGGCAAUGAAUGACCUGUAGGAUGAAUGUGAACUCUGUGAGGACAACAGGGGUGGUGAUUGUCAAGUCCAGCACUGACUUGUGGGUACCAGGCACAUAGAAAUUAUUUCAGACAUAGAUGUUGAAAGGCUGAGCACAAUGACCUGGACACCUUUAUUUGAGGGGUACAAGGUACCAUUCAUUUGGGUUUUGUUUGCUGGACUAUGUAUAGAAGAAAGGUCUGUUCACUUUGUUUACAGAAUGAAUCUUUAGUGCAAGGUCAAGGAUUUUUAAAGAUGAUAGUGGAGGGCAGAAACCUGAGACAGAGCACAGUAGAUUGGGUUCUCACAGGUUGGGAAAUAAUCUUCUGUGUUCACUCUCGAAAAUGGGAAGUAGGAGACUCUAAGUGGAAAUAAAGGUAACUAUACUUUUGUCUCCUUCUUUUCUCCAUUUUUAUCCCUUAGAUUCACCAAAAUCACCAGUUGCUCCCAAGCCAGACUGCCAGUCCUCUCACAUCAGUAACAGCACCCAAAUUUCCUUCAUGACCCCAGCCCGAUAAUCUUCACAGUCCUAACUCCAUGUCUAAGGGGCCAAAACCCCUCAUCGCCUCUAAACCCAGGCUGGCCAUCCCCAGCAAGUGGAUAGCCAGCAUCUACUUGAUCAACAGCUUGAACAAGUGCAGCAAUGGGAAGUUGGUGUGCGUGGACAGGGGGCUUUAUGAAAAGCACCUGUCCAACCCGGAGUGCUCUGAAUCCGAGGGGUAUGAAGAUUACAUUGUGGUCCCUGGGGCUCCCCCAAAAGAGGAUGAACCCAGGGAUGGGGGCCCUGCAGAGAAUGCAGUCAUGAUGCCUCUGGAUGCCACUGGGGAAGACAAGUGUCAGGAGGGAGGUGGGGAGUGUGACAUACAGGGGGCAGGAGCCUCUGAGGACGUGGCAGCCCCAGCUGACGUGGUGCUGAGUGGAGAGGAUGACGAAGCCCUCACUCCUGAGGACUAUGUCCCUGACCUGGGUGUAGAGGAGCAGAAUUUAGCAGGUGAGGAAGAAGUGCAGCUGGUAGAAGGACACAGCAUCGACAGCCUGGUGGACAGGAGCCCCUGGGAUGGAGAGGUGGUGCUCCUGAGCUAUAUCAUCCUGACUCACAUUGAUCUAGAAGAUCCGCCACCUCCUGGCGAGGAGCCCGGGCCCCCAGGGGCAGAAGAGGGUGGUGAGGAAGGCUGCACUCAUGCAGAGCCAGGGGCACCAGACAAGCACGUGGAUUCAGACGGGCCAGCCAAGGGGGAUGUUGAAGAUGCCAGAGAGGCCCCCCCCAGAGAAUGACCGGAUGGAUUGGCUGUGGGAAAACUGGAGGCAGUGAUGGGCACACACAGCCCUCAAAUCUCCAAGGAGUGUGAAGAUUCCACAGGUGGCGGCAACCACGGUGAUGAGGAUGAACCACCUGACUGAUGUGAGAAAACCAGCCAAGAAGAAAUGGCAGCCACCCUGGAGGCAGGAGGAGACCCCCGGGAAGGUGAAGACCCUGUGCAGGAGGAACCUGCCGAGGACAGUUGCCAGAUCGUUCCUUUUGAGAAUGAGUGUGUGGACGACUUUGUGACUUCACUGUCAGCAAGUCCCUAUGAGUUCUUCCCAACCAAGAGCACCUCCUUCUGUAGCAAAAGCUACUCCCCCUUUCUGGAAUCAGCAAAAGGCCUAGAGUCAGAGCAUGAAGCACAGCCAGGAGAAUGUGCAAAGCAGGCCACCGGGGCUGGGGCACAGCGUGGUCAGUGUGGCUCCCUGCAGGGUGGCACCAGGAAGGGCCCCUCUGUCCCUGGCAUGGUCAUGCUGGAGGGCAAGGAUGCUGCUGACAACGCACUUGCCAGCCCCUAUGAGAUGGGAGUCAGCCUACUGUGUGGGGCUGACCCCGGGGAGGAAGAGAAGGCUGCCCAGGAUGGUCAUGGCACCAAAGAGGAGAUGACCUUGGAUGCUGAGGGUGGGCUGACUGCCAUCGACAGGAAGAACAUGAUCCCAAGGGCCAGGCCCCACUCCAGGAAGAUGGCAGGCUGUGUCCCGGAAACUGUCCCUGAAGGAACCGGGUCAGAAGCUGGCUUGUCAGCCAUUUGCAUUGGAGGUGACCAAGAAGCAUGAAAGAUGGUUCUGUCGUUGGAGGGGAAGCUGCUGGAAGCUGGCAGGGCCUUGCCAGCAAAGCCCAGAGCCUUCACUUUGUACCCUCGGUCAUCCUCCAUGGAAGGCCGAGAGAUUCCAGUCUCCUUGUCCCGGGAUCAGGACGCAUCCAGCUUAGAGGACCGCAAGAUCAAAAGGAGGGAUGACAGCCUUUCACUGCCUGGUGUGAUUGGCUCCUCCAGGAGCUUCUCCCACAGGAACCACCUCCCAUCCAGUGGCACCUCCACACCAUCUUCCGUGGUCGACAUCCUGCCCCCUUUUGACCUGGCCUGCAUCACCGAAAAGCCCAUCAUGAAGAGCUCCCCCUCCCUGCUGAUGGAGAGCAAGCCCCUGCACAAGUACACCAAGAAGAAGUUGUCCUUUAAGCAGUUCCUGGCACUGACAUUCAAAAAGAAGACAGAGAACAAAGUGCACGUGGAUGUCAGCAUGUCCUCUCCCAGGUCCUCUUCAGAAUCCAGCUACCACAGGCCUUCCAGGCUUCUGGAAAUUGACCGGAGGAGCCUCAGCAACUCGCCUCAGCUUCAGGCUCGGACUGGCAAGCUCCGGGCCUCUGAGUCACCCUCCUCCCUCAUCUUCUACAGGGAUGGCAAGAGGAAAGGCAUCCCUUUCAGCAGGACAGUGUCCAGGGGGGAAUCCUUCAAAGACCAAUCCUGGCCCCCCUUUCUGCCCUUGCCUCUGACCAAGCCACGGUCCAUCUCAUUCCCCAACGCUGACACUUCGGACUACGAGGACAUUCCAGCCAUGAACUCGGACUAUGAGAAUAUCCAGAUUCCGCCCUGGAGGCCUUCGAGGGCUAGGACGUUUACAAAGCUGUUUGAAGAGCAGAGCAGAGCCCUGUCCAUGGCCAAUGAAAACAAUGGCUACAUGGACAUGAGCCGCUUCAACGCCUUCGAGAGCAAACAGCAGAGUGCAGACCAGGAUGCAGAAAGUCUUCACUAACAGAAAUGCAAUUUGGAACAAAAGGAUGCAAAAGCUGACAUCGAGUGGAACAGAAACAGGAAUGAGGAGUCUUGAUGAGACACAAAAUACACACACAAUUCUUCACAAAGAAUAAUGCACUGUGCAAGAUAAAAUAACAGCAAUGGAAGACUGAAUCUACAGCUGAUGACGGUGAUGACAUUGUUACAACUCAGUGAUGCCAACCUGAACACAACAUUGAGCCUGAGAGAUCUCCUGACGAGUCAGUCACCCAGUCCUUCUGCUGAAAUUGGCUUCCUCCCCAGCUCCCUGUGUGUUUAACCACCUUUUCAAUGAACUGUUGCGAAAACCAGUUGUUCCAGUUUCCCCAGGAAUGAGACGCUUCUUGGCAUUAAGGACAUCCACGUUGCUCUGCAAGCAUCACCACCAUCCAUCUCCAGCACUUUUUCAUCAUCCCAAACUGAAACUUUGUAAACAGUAACUCCCCAUUCUUCUUUCCCGAACCAG